AUGGAGCUGGAGCAAUUGGUGCUGAAGGUGAAUGGAGCUGAAUGUGGGCCUAGCGAAGAGGAUAAGUGCGCAACCAUGCUGCGCAGCCUUCCAGCUUCAUAUGAAAGCCUGGUUCAAGCGUUUUGUAUGAGUGUGACGACAUUUAGCUUCACAGACCUCGUAAACAAAAUCAUAGCCGAAGAGGUACGCAAAAAAGACUCGUCGCGAAUCGAAGAAGCGACAGCGUUGCACAUCGGCAAGCGCAUAGACAAGAGCAGGCCUACAAAGAAGAAUGAGGGUCAGCGAAAGAAUGGGUCGAAUGCUCAGUGCUUUAAGCGCGAGAAGCGCGGGCACUUCGCGCGCGACUGUUGGGCGAAGCCGUCAGGCGGUGACGAGGUGCACAAAGAUCACUCUAAUGUUGCAUUCAACGUGUCUGAAGAUAGCACAAGCGACUGCUGGAUAAUGGACAGUGGCGCGACAUCUCACACGUGUAAGGACCGAGAGUAUUUUGUUAAAUACGCAGAAAUGAAGUCGGUACAAAAUGUACUAAGCGCCAAGAAUAGUGCGUGUUUGAAGGUGCUUGGACGGGUCACAGUAGUCUCACGAGGUUGGAACGGCACAUCGUGGAUGAACGCGAGGCUGAAAAAUGCUCUCCAUGUGCACGACCUCAGCAAGAACCUAUUUUCGUUGACGGCAGCAACAGCGCGCGGGAUGACGAUCGAUAUUGCAGGAAAUGACUGCAUCGUCGAGAAAAGCGGACGACCCGUUGCGACAGGAUCACGGCGCGGUGUGCUCCUUCUACUCAAUGUUGAAACCAAAUCCGAGUGCCACAUGUUAAAGGGCGAAGCAGAACUGUGGCAUCGUCGACUCGGACAAGUGUCCAACUCUACUGUGAACAAGCUGAUCAAGCAAGGCUGUAUCAACGGCGACUACAUCGAUCCGAUUGUCGUUUGUGAAGUAUGCGCGACAGCCAAGCAAGUAUGCAAGACAUUCUACAGCAACAAAGCGAAUACUGCAGCAAGGGAGAGUCGCUGCGAAGACUCGGUCGUGUGUUCGGAUGUUUCAGGACCUUUGUGA